AUGUCGCUCCUAUGGGUUCCCACGAUGCUGAACCCCUUUAGCAUGCUCACUCAGGCCUUCCCCCCGCAUCCGCAGUUCACAGAGAAAGACAUUGCCGAUCUCACCGGAAGGGUAUGCAUCGUAACGGGUGCCAACACGGGCGUUGGCAAGGAGGUCGCGCAGAUCCUCUACUCCAAAAACGCUACCGUCUACGCCACAUCGCGCUCCGAAGAAAAAGGACGCGCAGCUAUCGCCUCCAUCAAGGAAGCGAUUCCCGACUCCAAGGGCAAGCUUGAACUCUUAACCCUUGAUCUGGCCGACCUGACCACCGUCAAGCCGGCAGCCAAGGCGUUCCUCGCCAAAGAAACGCAACUUCACCUCCUUAUCAACAAUGCCGGCGUCAUGAUGCCACCGCAGGGCAGCCAGACCGCCCAAGGCUACGAACUGCAGCUGGGCACGAACUGCGUCGGGCCCUUCCUCUUCACCAAGUUGCUCACACCCACUCUGGUGGGGACGGCCAAGGCGGCGCCCAAGGACAGUGUGCGUGUCGUCUGGGUGGCAAGCUCUGCUACCGAAGUCCUCUCACCAACUCCCGCCAUUGAGAUUGACAAUCUCGACUACAAGCGGGAUAGACUCAAAGAGGUCAAGUAUGGAAUCAGCAAAGCGGGGAAUUAUUUCCACUCGACAGAGUUCGCAAAGCGACACAAGGCCGACGGCGUGAUCAGCGUGGCGUUGAAUCCCGGAAACCUGAAAUCAGACCUAGACCGUCACAUCACUGCUUUCAUUCCGCGGUUCUUCAGGAAGACCACAACGUAUCCUCCUAUCUACGGGGCUUACACGGAGCUCUUCGCCGCUGUUUCACCAGAUGUCACUAUCGAAAAGACUGGAGACUGGAUUGCUCCCUGGGGCCGCUUCUACUCGAUCAGGAGCGACUUGGUUGAAAGCUCCAAGUCUCGCGAAGAAGGCGGCACUGGCCUUGCUGAAGACUUUUGGAAAUGGACUGAACAGCAAGUCGAGAACUAUCUGUAA